UGUAGUUCACUGAGGACCAAAACACCGGACUGGCGGGCUCUGGCGGCGGCAGGCACAGGGCAAUCUCCGGUAAUACACCGUGUGGGCUCUGUCCCGGCCUGGCAAUGAUCCAUGAGCUGCUGUUGGCACUGAGCGGGUACCCGGGCAGCAUCUUCACCUGGAACAAGCGCACAGGCCUCCAGGUAUCACAGGAUCUGCCAUUUCUCCAUCCUGGUGAAACCAGUGUUCUUAAUCGUCUCUGCAAGCUUGGCACUGACUACAUCCGAUUCACAGAAUUUAUAGAGCAGUACACAGGCCACGUUCAACAACCGGAUCAUCAUCCUUCUCAACAAGGACAGAUUGGGCUUCAUGGUAUUUAUCUAAGAGCAUUUUGCAGAGGCCUUGAUUCAAUACUUCAACCAUAUAGACAAGCUUUACUAGACUUGGAACAAGAAUUCUUGGCUGACCCACAUCUUUCAAUUUCACAUGUCAACUAUUCCUUGGACCAGUUUCAUCUCCUCUUUCCAUCGUUGAUGGUUGUGGUGGAGCAGAUCAAGAGCCAAAAGAUUCAUGGCUGUCAGAUGUUGGAAACAGUUUACAAGCACAGCUGUGGAGGUCUGCCGCCCGUCCGUGAUGCCCUCGAAAAAAUUCUAGCAGUGUGUCAUGGAGUGAUGUACAAACAGUUGUCAGCCUGGAUGCUUCAUGGUCUUCUCUUGGACCAAUAUGAAGAGUUCUUUGUUAGACAGGGAUCCGCAUCUGGCAGCUCAACUGCCCAAGCUGAUGAAGAAGAGGAGGACUUGGGUAUUGGGGGACUGACAGGAAAACAACUACGAGAGUUGCAGGACCUGCGCCUAAUUGAGGAGGAGAACAUGCUGGCACCCUCUCUCAAACAGUUUUCUUUGCGAGUGGAAAUGCUGCCUUCCUACAUUCCUGUAAGAGUCGCUGAGAAGAUCUUGUUUGUGGGAGAAUCUGUACAGAUGUUUGAAAACCAAAAUGUUAAUAUAUCCAGAACAGGUUCAAUCUUAAAAAAUCAGGAAGACACAUUUGCUGCAGAACUGCAUAGGCUGAAACAACAACCACUAUUCAGUUUGGUAGAUUUUGAAUCUGUUCUUGAUAGGAUCAGAAGCACAGUUGCCGAGCACUUGUGGAAGCUUAUGGUUGAAGAAUCAGACCUUCUAGGACAGUUAAAGAUUAUUAAGGAUUUCUAUCUUCUGGGAAGAGGGGAGUUGUUCCAAGCCUUUAUUGAUACUGCUCAGCACAUGCUGAAAACUCCUCCCACUGCAGUAACAGAACACGAUGUAAAUGUAGCAUUCCAGUUAUCAGCACAUAAAGUUCUACUUGAUGAUGACACCCUCCUUCCCUUGCUCCAUUUGACCAUUGAUUACCAUGGAAAAGAACACAAAGGUAUAUCAGAUCCAUCCCAGCCGCGUGAAGUUCCUCCACGUGAUACAUCUCCUAGAGAAGCUCCUACCUCUGGCUGGGCUGCUCUGGGAUUAUCGUAUAAAGUACAGUGGCCAUUGCACAUUCUUUUUACACCAGCGGUUCUGGAAAAGUACAAUGUCGUUUUCAAAUACCUGGUGAGUGUACGCAGAGUUCAGUCUGAGCUCCAGCACUGCUGGGCUCUUCAGAUGCAGAGAAAACAUUUGGAAUCAAAACGAACAGAUGCUAUAAAAUGUCGGCUACGGAACCACAUGGCAUUUUUAGUGGACAAUCUCCAGUAUUACUUACAGGUGGAUGUCUUGGAAUCACAAUUCUCUCAGUUGUUGCAGCAGAUAAAUUCUACACGUGAUUUUGAGAGCAUUCGUCUGGCCCAUGAUCAUUUCCUCAGCAAUCUUCUAGCCCAGUCCUUCAUUUUACUCAAACCUGUCUUCCACUGUCUCAAUGAAAUCCUAGAUUUAUGUCACAGCUUCUGCUCGUUGGUGAGCCAAAAUCUUGGUCCGUUAGAUGAACGUGGAGCUGGCCAGUUAGAUAUACUUGUAAAAGGAUUUAGUUGCCAGUCCUCUCUGCUGUUCAGGAUUCUUUCCAGUGUCCGAAACCAUCAGAUCAAUCCUGAUCUGGCGCAGCUGCUUCUUCGAUUAGACUACAAUAAAUACUAUACCCAAGCUGGAGGAACAUUGGGAAGCUUUGGUUUAUGAAUAGAAAGUCUUGACAUGUCACCAAGGAAGACCUGUGUGAAAACGACUGACAUCUGACCACGAGGAAAAAAUAAAUAAAUGUCAAACUAGAGGCUUGUCUCCAUCUAUGAAUCCUUGAAGGAGGUACAGAUAUCUGAAGAAACCUCAAGUGUUACCAAAUUAGAGUCUAUUUUAUUGCAACAAAGAUGGGACAAAAACUGAAAAUUUGACUUUUACAAUACAUAGCAGCUGUAUAGUAAACAUUAACUGUGUUGGGUUAGUCUUUAUCUGAGAGUAACACAUAAACAAGGUAUAACUUAACAUGGCCAGAGAGAAGUAUGUUGGACAGAAAAUUUCUCAUAGUUACUUAGUUUAAAGGAACACUUCUAGCACCAUAACCAUUAGAGUGCCUUGUAGUGGUAUGGUGCCAGGAGAGCCUUGGUGUCCACCCAUUGUAAGUAGUCAAACUGUUUUAAGACUUCUUACCUAGAGUCCUCAGGGUUCUGCUCCCUGCCUCCACUAUUUCCAACACAGAACUAGGAGGUCUCGACUUGUUAUUCCAGAACUGCAUGGCUCAACUUAGAAAUAAAGGAAGCUCCUGCUUAGGAGUUUCUGGCUUUCCAUAAAUAAAUUAAAAUAAAAAAGCAGAUCCCAGGUAAGUGGAACUGUUCUAAAAUGGCUUGACUUCUUACAAUAAGGGGGUGCCAGGCAUCAUAAUCACUAGUGCACUUUGGUGAUUAUGGUGCUUUGAGCUUUCCUUUAAUUACAAGAAAAGAUAGUAAGUUUAUUUUUCCACCCAUCAGGUUUAAACAAAUUAAAAACAUUUAAUUGUUUAAGAAAACCGUUCCAAGUAUGUCUUGUUUGCCAAGUCUUUCAAUCUAAGCACCAACAAAUAACUAGUUUAUGAACCUUGUCAUAA